AUGGAUAUCACCAGUUCGAUCGUCUCUGAACGCGAGCGGGCUCUUCUGGGAGGAGACUACAAUGCCUACCAUGCUCAAGCCACCCGCAAAAUCCACAACCUCCGCAGGCGCCUGGGUGCCGCAACUCGAGGGAGAAAAUACACUCCCAAAGCCCCAGUGACUGCAGAGAACGUGUCCAAGAACGCAGAAUGGGUGCAACUGCUUCUGGCCUCGUCCGAGCGAGCAUGGGCAUCUUCGAUGGCCAUGAAAUCGGCCCAGUCGGCAGAGAACACCCAGAAGCCUAUGCCUGGCUCCACGAAACGGCAGAUCGCAUCUAGGCUCCGAAGGGCCAUCACCUACGCCGAGAAUCUCGUGACGGUUCUGCAAGAUCGCAGCACGACCGGCGCAAAAGCCAUUGACGAACUCGAGGCACGUGCUUAUCUAGCCAUGUUAAAAGGAAGUCUGGAUUUCGAGAAGGGAAGAUGGCAGGGAUGCGUUCAGAACUAUUCCAUUCCUCAGAUUGUGUAUACCACAUUGGCACGCUCAUCAAAGGCGGACACGUAUAGGGAACUGUUAUCUGGCAUAGUCGAUCCCAGCAUCCGAUAUGCCGCAUAUCAGAUGAAGAUGCCUCGCACAAAAGCUAUCAACGAUAUCGCCAUUGAGAACUUCCCCCAAAGCGAAACCACGGUCCGUAAAGAAAUUGAGGGCAUCAAUGCGCAGGCGUUCUCGACAGGAACAGAGGCGGCUCCCACGAAAGGAGGUCCCAAGGAAAUCCCCUCCACCAUCUCCUGGAGGAGUCGGAAGGUGAAUCUCGAAGACGCCAAUAUCUCUCAAGCUCUUGGUUUCUCUAAAGAACGAGAAGAGGAGUUGAACGCCGCCUAUAAAUCUUUCAAAGAUGGAUUUCUAAGUGCUGAAGACCUCGCAACCGCCUACGAAGAAGUCAUCACUGCUCUUCAGGACGCUGCGGAUGCCACGAAGACCGCUAUCGACGAGCUGAUUGCCGAAGGCGUCGACACUGGUGACUCUCGCCUGCAGUCACUCCAGAUAACCCGCACGGCCGUCAACUGCGGCGUGAUCGAAUGGCGGGUUGGACGUAAUAGAGUCCUCUGUGGUGCUACUGACGACGGUCUGGCUUUUGAGUCCGAGAAAAUUACAAAAUUCUUCAAGCCACGCAAGGACGGCCAGCCUCGCGCGCCGAAAGAGGAGAGUUCAGGUCGCAAGCUGUCGAGGCUGCGGGAGAGGGUUGCACUCUACGACUCGAUUCUGCAGAGUCUCGAUGCCGUGAAGGAAUUACCCGGUGUCAUUGCGGACAGUGCUUUUGUGGAUGAGCUUGAUGCCAAACGAGCAUACUUCCGUGCUUUGAAGUGUUUGGCGGUUGGCCGAUCGCAUGCCAUCAAUGACCAUAUACCGAACGCGUUGGCUCUGUAUGCUCGAGCGCUUGGGCUCGCAGAGAGCGCCGCGAGCACCUUGAAAGCAGCGUCAACUAACGACGAUUCAACACCCCCCAAACUCGACUUGUCAUCCCAGCAUCUCACGCAGACGACCGUCACUCUCAACAAACUUGUCACUCAGUUCCGUGCAUUGGCUGAUCUGGAAUCUCUUGCCAAUGCAAUUAGGCCAUCUCUGAAAGACACCGCCCCAACGCCCGCCAUUAAACCUGCUCCUCUCAUAGAACGCCUCUCCCGCAACGAAUACAUUCCGGACUUGGACCUGACCAACCUUGUGAACUAUCCUCCAAAACUCCGUCCAGUCCCAGUGAAACCACUCUUCUUUGACUUAGCAUGGAACUAUAUCAAAUAUCCGGGCCAGAAAGGACCCGAAGAUGACGUAGGAGCUGAGGAUGUGCAGAUGGUAGGUGCUGGAGAGGAGGUGAAUGGAAAGGCCGAGAAGAGCGAGGAGCAGAAGCCGGCGAAGAGGGGCUGGUUUGGCUUUGGCCGCUAG